AGCGAACAGCGAACCGAGCGAGUUUGGAUGUUCAUCGCGUAUAUUCACACAUCGCAGUGAUGGCGGCGUAGCAAUAAGUGAAGAGUGUAUUAACUAGAAAGAGUUUCCUGGACUUUACUGUGUGCUGAAAAGAUCCGAAAACUUGGAGCGACCUGGCGGAACUAGGCUUUUUGGUUGGAAAUUGGGUUUUUCCUACUCCCGAAUCGAUCAAAGCUCUAAUAUAGGAAUCAACCUGAGUUCCACUAUCUGGUUUAGAAAAGCUAGAAAAUUUUCGUGAUCGGCCCUUCCUCCGCUCCUUCGCUUUACACACACACAGUGAGGAGAAAAUAAGACGACGAAAGGGGCUGCUGCAAUUUUUGUUGAACCCAUUUUUCUGCUUCCUGAUUUUCAUUCAACUUUUGAUAAGUGUUGCGGAAAGUUGGCCUCCCGCAACACAAAAAUUUCGCUUUUUCAAAAAUAUUUGGUUCCCGUGGCGAGGCCACCACACGGGAAAUUAUUAAACAGGCCUUAACAGAAAAGAAAACGGAACUUUCAAGUGUGUGCAUUAAAUGGUAAUGCAUGCCAGGAAACCGCAGCGUUUACUGAAUGAUGGAUACCACCAAUCCCAUCAAUAUCAGAACUCAAAAUACAGCUCCUCCAAAAGGGAUUACGAACGAGAGGCUAGCCGAACGGGCGGCUAUGGGCGCGAUCGGGAUAAUUCUCCGGCAGGAGGCUCGAUGAAUAAUGGCAACUACAAAUCUAUUUCACCUGACCUUGACUCACCGAGGGACCGCGAUCGAGAACGGGAUCGCGACCGGGAUCGGGACAGGGAUCGGGAUCGAGGGGGCGGUGAACGGUAUCAGUACGGAAUGAGCAAAUUGCGAGACAAAGAUCGUGAUCGGGACUAUAAAAAGGAUAAAUAUUCAGAUUCGCUUCGAUCGCCAAAAGACAAGCGAAGUCGCAGCGAUCGUGAAUCAGAUCACCGGUCGAACCACGACCGACGCUUGAAGCUAUCCGUUUCCGAGAAACGUGGCGGUUCCAGCUCAAACUCGGAUGAUCGCGAUCGGGACCGGGAGCGUGAACGAAGCGAGCGAGAGCGCGAAAGGGAACGUGAUCGGGAUCGUUUACGAGACCGUGACCGUGACCGGAGUGGUAUAGGCGGAGGUGGUGCAAGUAGUGGUGGUGGUAGUGGGGGUGGGGCUAGUGGUAGCAGCGUAGGUGUUAGUGGUACAGGCGGAGCUAACAGUGGAGUGGGCGGAGAUCGAGUUAAUCGCAUUGGCGACUGGAGUGAACAUGUAAGCUCGUCUGGCAAAAAGUAUUACUACAAUUGCAAAACCGAGGUAUCUCAGUGGGAAAAGCCUAGGGAAUGGAUCGAAAAGGAAAGUCGUAUGAUAUCGAAGGAACCGCAUCGCGAGUAUAGAGAUAAAGAUCGAGACAGGGAACGAGAGCGAAACGAUCGGGAUCGUGAAGAUCGGUAUUCGUCUUCUGCUAGCAGUCGGUCAGCGGUGUAUGGCAAGCAUUCCAGCAGUAAAAGUAGCACAUCCCGGGCACGAUGGCCAGCACAUGAGUCGCAUAGAAGGAGACAUGAUGAUAAUCAAGAUAUGGACAUCAGCCCCGGUGAUUCAACGCCGACGUCAGAAGCUAACUAUUCGCACUCUAGUACCCCAACAAACCAGCAAGCUCAUGGGGCCAAUAAUAGCGCUGCAGCCAGUGGCGAUGGAAAUGCUGGAGCUGGUCUUAUGGCAAACCAGUUGCCCCGUUUACUGUCGAACCCUUUGGCCACACAGAGUGGAAUCGCUAUGCCUGUCCACUCUCAGCAUCAGCCACAAUCACAAUCUUCAUCUGCCUAUCCGACACCGGUGUCCACUUCUUCUCCAUCCGUACUCCAGCAGCAACACCAUCAACACCAACAACAACAACAACAACAGCAGCAGCAGCAACAACAUAUACUGGGUUCUAGCGGUGACAUGAUGCUUAGUUCGAAUACUCCCGGUCCACCAGGAUCGCAGCAUCACCACCAUCUUCAACAGAAUCAACAACAUCCGCAACAACAACAACAGUUAGGUCAUUCUCCACAUUCAUCCAAUGCACCUGGCACUGCGUCGAACGUGUCGUCAUCGUUAGCUGGACUGCCAAAAAUUUUGUCGCAGAUCACCGGCAACAAGACGAUAGAGCACAAUGAGUUAAACCCACAGAAGGCCCUGCAGACCAUCAACAAUGCCCUAAUGAUGCAGUCCAGGCAACAGAAUCCGAACGGAACUGCAGUUGGAUCGUCAGUCGACGGCAGCAUCGGAUCAAAUAGUUUACGGGAACACGCACUGAAUUCACCUUUGUAUAAUGUUUCCAAUCUGUCGCAUCCUUCGACCCCGAUGUCAUCGGGUUGCAGCGGGAUGCUGAACCACAGCAACCAUCAGUCCAAUAAUUUAAAUUCUUCAAACUCCGCGGCGAAUCUGAGUGGUGGUAGCAACAGCAGUCAACUACUCAGUGGAGAUGGUCCCCCGACGCCUACGCAGGAGAUGGACCUAGUACUACCAGAUCAUCGAAAGAUGGAAGGCACGAGCGCGACCACGACAAGUACCGUCAGCAGUCUGCAGGGUGUGAUGACCUCGUCCCAAAGUGGUCGAUCUCAGGGACCGAAUCUGACACCCAGUUUAGCAAAGUACUUCCGCGCCGAUCUGAUAUCCCACGUGACGGGAUGGCCGUCGGAGAUACUCGAAAAAACGAUUCAGAAGCUGUCGGAAGAAGCUCACAUUGUGGGUGAUCUACAGUGCAGCAAAGUAUCGGCAGAUUUAAAAUGUGCUAGGAGUUUAGUUAGAAUAAAGGAAAUCAUUGCAACACUGCAAGAACAGAAAAUAAUGUAUCUACGGCAACAAAUUCGUAGAUUAGAGGAGCUAAAAUCGCAAAACUCUUUUAUGUCGUCUGAUGAUCUAUAGCGCUAUUAAAUAAAAAGUUAAAUUUAUACAAAAAACAAAAAAAACUACAAAAAAAUAAACAAAGUCAUCCUUUCUUUUCAAAGGAAGAUCGGGGCGGAAUAAAGUAACACUACCUAACUGAAGUGCAUGUCUUACACUGCUGUAUUAUGGACAAGUCGUCAAACAAAAUUAAACACAUCAAUGUAUAAAGUUUCUGGAAACCACCCUGUUCUAAAAUGCGAGAAUCAAGCUGAAUCAUAUACACUAAAAAUACAAACAAAUACCUAUAUAGAGGGAAAAAAUCUUUCACACCAGUAUGGUCGCAAAACCGUCGGGAGUAGGAGGGCAGUCGGAAGACAGCAGAACUGGCACGAAUCAUCAAAGAUAUGAUUUUUAAACUGUUACUAUUAUUACAUAUAUUUAUGCGAAAAUAAUGGAAAAAGUUUUUUAGUUUUGUGAAAUGCAAUUAUUCAGAUUGUUCGUUUUCAUGUUUUCUGAAAAAAGAAACCAUCUGCACACAGAUAGACUAAUUCCCCCAUCUCUUCUACAUUGAGGAUCCUUUCUUUCGGGCCCAAAACGGAUUUAAGACACUCUUCCGCGAACUGUUUAGAGGAUUAAAAUGAGAAGAUGCAACAAAUAAGUUGAAAACUGAUACGUUAGAAUCACUUUCUAGAGAAAACGAAACAAAAUGCUGAAAAGUAGUCUAAUAUUCAUGUAUAUUUCAUUAAACUAUAAGUUAUCACUAAGGCAGAGUAAAGCGUAAAUUCAAUAAAUUAAUAAACAGUUUUCGAACUAAAUGAAAUGAAGUAGAAUUUCAGACUAAAAGAAAACAAAACUGACACACGUUCGACCCGUCGUUGCAGCAGAAACUCAGCCCUCUACUUUUUUUUGGAAACGAAGCUAACUUUUUAAAUAACAUAAACAGUAAAUGCAUACAGACAAAUGAUAUCGGAAAAUUAAUAUAGUAAAACAUUACAAUCCAACAAAGUAAGCACUAAAAUUAAACAAUAGUUUCCUGUACUGAAAAGGCAACAGCCACUCUGCGAACAACAUCAACAAGGUGAGUGCAGGAAAGCGAGCCAAUCUGGAUCAUCUCGUCAACAACAAGCGAAAAAGUGGAGAAUAAGUCAUAGGGAAGAAUAGUGAAGUUUAGAAAUAUCAAAUAAUACAACAAAAUAUAUUUAAAUCAAAAA